UUCCGGUUCCUUUGCUAUCCAGGAAGUUGUGUCUGAGGAGUUGUGGUGAAAGCUGAUAGAAAACAGAGAACCAGAUCCGAAUCGUUUGGCACAGUUCACGAUAAACAAAUUAAUUAAACAUUACCUGAUAUCAAAGACCUGUAACACUAUACAGAAUGUCUCGGCAGUCAAACAGAACCACCGACAGUAAGAAGAUGAACUCCGAGCUGUUCACCCUCACCUACGGGGCUCUGGUCACCCAGCUGUGCAAGGACUAUGAGAACGACGAGGAGGUCAACAAGCAGCUCGACAAGAUGGGAUACAACAUUGGUGUGCGCCUCAUCGAGGACUUCCUGGCUCGGUCCAGCGUGGGGAGGUGUCACGAUUUCCGAGAAACAGCCGAUGUCAUCGCUAAGGUAGCGUUUAAGAUGUACCUGGGCGUCACCCCUAGUGUGACCAACUGGAGUCCGGCGGGGGACGAGUUCUCCCUCAUCCUGGAGAGCAACCCGCUGGUGGACUUUGUGGAGCUCCCUGACAACCACAACAACCUCGUCUACUCCAACUUAUUGUGCGGAGCGCUGCGGGGAGCUCUGGAGAUGGUCCAGAUGGCAGUGGACGUCCGGUUCGCCCAGGACACCCUGAGGGGGGACAGUGUGACGGAGAUCCGCAUGAAGUUCAUCAAGAGGAUCGAGGAGAACCUGCCAGCCGGCGACGAGUGAUGCAUCCUGGGGAAUGAAGUCAUUCCUGGGCUGCCCCUCCUCCCCCCCACUCACUGUGGAGGUUGACACUUCACAGGGCCCAGGUACAAAAACUACAGACUGUACAAAACUACAUCUCCCAGGAGAGAAGCCCAGUGACCAGCAUUGCUUGGACUUCGGGUCUCCACUCUUAUUUAUUAUUAGCUAAAGAAUGCCCUGAACAGUUGGCUUACACACUAUCUCACACCAAAGGCAGAGCUUUUAAAAAAAUAAAUAAAUACUUAAGACUUCAAACUGGUAGAAGUCUCCUCUGAUCACUUGUCAAACAACCAGCUUGGGGCAGAGGUCCACUCUUUUCUACGUGGCCCUGAGCUGAUUCCUUCUGAAAAGUGUGUGUCUGCUUUUGGUUGUGUGUUUUUGUGUGUGUUCCUGACCCCUCCGUGUACAAGAGGGGCCCAGGAAACAUGACUUUGUUUUGUUUUGAAAUUGUCCAUGGACAUGUCCGUCACAAUAAAUGCCCAGUUGAACUCGUCUGAAUAGUCUUGAGUGUUCUAUAGACCGUAAAAGGGGACCUUAGAUCAAACAUAUGCCACCGCACCUACGAGGACAUGUCCUGUUUGUGUGUCUUUUUAAUCAGUGAUAUAUGCUUUAACUUAACAUGGUUAAAGUAAAGUAGUAAAUCAGUUUGUUUUCCAAGAGGUAGAAUGGCCUUGCCUCGUUACUUGGCCAAUCAGGUUUGAGGAGGGUCUUUAUGAAAACAGUGAAGGCCACAGAGAUGUGAAAGCUGCCCCCUGUGCCUGCUUCUGCUCUUGUUUAUUUACCUGCUGUUUGUUUUUGUUUACUAGUGGGUCUCGCAUCAUUAACUGGCCCCAGGCAGGCCACAUUUCUUUCACAUUUUUUUUUAUUAUUAUUUUAUUUAUAUGUUAGCAAAUUAUAUUGAGAUUAAACAAACUGUUAACUUCA